AUGCCCAGAGCCAAUAGCGUCCCUUGGAGUCCAGUGGUGUUGUCCAUUGACAUUGGAACCACGUCUACCAGAGCCAUUAUCUUUGACGACCAUGGUCAAGAGUUAGCCAAGCAUCAAAUAGAAUACAGUACUUCUGCAAGUGAAGGGUCCAGUGAAUCUAACACUGAACAGUUCAGAAGAAGAUCUUCGUUAGCAAGACACAAUGAGCCUAUUUUCUCUGCGGAGGGGGUUGUCAUCACCGUUAAUGACAAUGUUAUGAUUGAGAACAACCAUGCAAGUGUUGGUCCCACCUUGAGGUUCCCACAACCUGGAUGGGUUGAGUGUAUGCCAGUUCAUGUGUUAGCCAAUGCAGUUCAAUGUAUAAUUGCUUGUUUGCUUACGUUGACCAAGGUUAACCACGAGUCAACCGUCAAAUAUAGAGUGAAAGCCAUUGGGAUUGCCAAUAUGAGAGAAACAACCAUUGUUUGGGAUAGAAGAACCGGUAAACCGUUAAGUAAUGGGAUUACUUGGACAGAUACAAGAACAAGUGACAUUGUGAAUCAUUUACAAAGAACUACCGAUGAUGAAGUCAAGGAGAAGCUAAAGAAGAUGACGGGAUUACCGUUGUCUACGUAUUUUUCAGCUUCUAAGUUAAGAUGGCUUCUAGAUAACGAUGAUGUAAUUAGAGAAGAAUACGAAAAAGGUGAAGGGAACUUAAUGUUUGGAACCGUUGAUACUUGGUUAAUUUAUCACUUAACAAGAGAAAGGGCCUUUGUUAGUGACGUCACGAAUGCUUCCAGAACUUAUUUUAUGAACUUGGAUACUUUAGAUUAUGAUCAAGAGCUACUUGAUUUUUGGGACAUUGAUUCCAACCGCAUCCAACUUCCUAAAAUAGUUCUGUCAUCUGAAUACUAUGGAGAAUUCAACCCACCUAAUUUGAACUAUUUGGGGUUCCAUAAUAAGUUCACAGAAGAAGCGUAUGCCGUUCUCAAGACCCUCAGAGGUGUACCUAUUUGUGGGUGUUUAGGAGACCAAUCGUCUUCGCUUGUAGGCCAAUUGGCUAUCAAACCAGGCCUCGCGAAAUGUACUUAUGGUACUGGAUGUUUCCUCUUGUACAACACGGGAACAAAGAAGUUGAUUCUGAACCACGGUACGCUUACCACCUUGGGCUACUGGUUCCCCACGUUGGAGGGUGAAGACUCCAAACCCCAUUUUGCAUUAGAAGGCUCCAUAGCUGUUGCUGGGUCCAUAGUGCAAUGGCUUAGAGACAACUUGAAGUUGAUUGAAACCGCGAAAGACAUUGGACCAUUGGCCAGUCAAGUAUCGGAUUCUGGUGGGGUUGUGUUCAUCCCGGCAUUCAGCGGGUUAUAUGCUCCGUAUUGGGAUUCCGGGGCUAGAGGCACGAUCUUUGGUAUGACUCAAUACACUGGAGCACCUCAUAUAGCUAGAGCCGCUUUAGAGGGUGUGUGCUACCAGGUGAGAAGUAUCUUAAGGGCCAUGGUGAGUGAUGCAGGAGGGUCUGACGACUUUCUAGAUUCAAGCAUUGAAGACCACAAUAACCCGUUGAGUCUACUUAUGGUUGAUGGUGGGUUAUCCAAUGCCAAUGAAGUCUUACAAAUCCAAGCCGACACUUUAGGACCCUGUGUUACGGUUAAGAGAGCUGCUAUCCAUGAAUGCACGGCGUUAGGAGCAGCCAUUGCGGCUGGGGUGUCGUUUAAAAAUGUACAUGAAAGAAUCUGGAAAGAUUUCGAUGAUGUUAUAUUGAAAGUUAGUGGGAACCAAUCGUCCAUAUUUAAAGCGAAAUUGUCUGAUGAAGAUCGAAGAAGAAACUGGAAACGGUGGGAGAGAGCUGUUGACCGCGCUCAUGGCUGGUUGGAGGAGAAGGACGACUAUUAA